CAGAAUAGAAUAUUGUUUAAAACCUCAGUGCACUUUGUUUCUGUUAAAAUACGUGGUCCUGUUAGCUAUAGUGAACAAUGAGCGACAUCGAGGAUGGAAACUGUGAAGCACGGGGGUCACGGUCCCCAUCUAAAUCGGACCAUGGGAGUCCAGCUCGGGUCAAGUCGGAGAGCAGGUCUGGCUCCCCGAGCCCAUCCCGGGCUUCCAAACACUCUGGGUCACGAUCCCGCUCUCGAUCAAAAUCUAGGUCUCGUUCUAGGCGGCACUCAAACCGCCGCUAUAGCCGUUCACGCUCUCGGUCCUAUUCCCAUCGGAGGAAGUCCCGCUCUCGUUCGUACAGCCCCGAAUACCGCCGCAGGAGGAGCCAGAGCACUUCCCCUAUGUCAAACCGGCGCCGCCACAAUGGCAGCAGGAGCCAUGACUUCACAAAAGAAGCAUACAGUCAUGGCGGUGAUGCUGAUGUUAGGGCGAACCCUGACCCCAGCACAUGUUUGGGGGUUUUUGGCUUGAGCCUGUACACCACAGAGCGUGACCUGAGGGAAGUGUUUUCACGCUAUGGUCCUUUGGCCGGGGUCAAUGUGGUGUACGACCAGCGCACGGGUCGUUCCCGUGGCUUUGCCUUUGUGUACUUUGAAAGACUUGAGGAUUCCAAAGAGGCAAUGGAGCGAGCCAACGGCAUGGAGCUGGAUGGGAGGCGCAUCAGAGUGGAUUAUUCCAUUACCAAACGUCCCCAUACCCCCACACCAGGGAUCUACAUGGGCCGACCAACUCACAAUGGUGGCGGCGGGGGCGGCGGUGGCGGCGGCAGCAGCAGGAGGGGGAGAGACUCGUACUAUGACCGUGGCUAUGACCGCUAUGACAGAUAUGACGAGUAUGACUAUAGGUAUAGUCGCAGGCGCUCCCCAUCACCCUACUACAGCCGAUACAGGUCCCGCUCACGGUCUCGCUCCUACAGCCCACGACGAUACUAAGUUGCUUCUUUCAAUGUUCAGCUUCCCUCCAAUAAUCGAUGGUGUGGGACUCAUCAAGGUGUUUUCAGAGGGGAACAUUUUGUCCUAGCAUGUCUAUAUGAGCAGAGAGUUUGAGAUAGUUCUUGUUUACAUGCAAUAGAUGUCUUAAUUUUUAGACGUUUUUGAUGCAUCCAUGUUGAGUGUGAGCAAAGAACUUAGCAACUGUUGGUUACUGUUGCAUAAUUCUUAGACUUGCAUCCUUCCUUCCCUCUUUAUUUUCUGCAGCAGUGACACCUUUUUGUUUUGUUAUGCGACGGUUAAAGAGAUUUAUUGCACUAAUCAAUGUUAUCAUUGUCCUUGUGAUGGGGAAAGAAAACUUGGUUUUAGUAAAUAAUGCUGACACUUAACUUUACAAUCUGUAUUAAGUAACUAAUUCUAAGAAUAAAGUUGUUUAUUUACAGUAAAGAUAACAAAUUUGAUUAAUCUCAAUAUAACCCUGCACUAACUGAGUUUGCUGGUAAGUAGCAGGGAAAAUGGUGCUGUAAAAAUAAAGUGUUACUAUGCCAUCAGUGGUUGGUUCUCUGCUCACAUUCACUUGUUUUUUUGUUUUUUUUGUUAGUUGUUUUUUAGUCGAGGGAGUAAAAUUUUCAGUUUCUCCAGAGAGUUUUAUGUAUUGCAUUUUUUAAAUUGUUGUUU